AUGUGGUCGAAUCGUGGAUGUUUUUCUAUCCAACGGCUACCCGACUAUGCGCUCUCAGGGUGUGUAGUGGAAACGCCAUGUUUUCUUCAGCAACAAUCGGAUAGCACUGAGCGAGAGCAUCUCACACUUAAUGAACACGAUUUUAACUACCUUUCUUCACUCGAUUACACCCUCGUUCCCUCGCUCUCACGCGAGGACGCGCGAGCACUGCUGCCGUGGGUCUUGCAUCGUUGGCAUCCAAGCAGGCAACACUUUACAUCCGAGGUCGAACGCUGUGUGCCUUGGAGGACGCCGUAA